GGACCUCUGAGGAGCCCAAACUUUCCGGUAGCACCACAGGCAGCUGCUGUACAAAGACAGAAAGAAAGAGGGACAGCUAGAUAAAUAACAAUUAAAACAAAAGAAAAAUAGUUGAAGCUAACAUUUGGCUCUUUUGAAAUAUUUAAAACUAAGAUAACUUAGUGCUGUUUUUUUCUUUUCAGUUUUAUAUUUAUAUCUUUAUUGGAGAGGGCACUUUGUGUGGAAAAAAAGAGAAAAUGACAAGUCUGCUGUGCAUUAUAAUGAUCUCCCUGACCCUGGCUGGCAGUGCCUACAGUAUGCCGAGCUCACCCUCACAACCAACAGCUAAGGCUUUUGCUGACCUGGGUGCCAACGUCACCCUACCCUGUCGGCUCCUGUCCAAAGACCCCAUGAUCUUUAGUACCAUUAGUUUUCGAGUCAAAUGGACCAAGGUGGCAGAUGAUGAAGCACUGAAUGAGGAUGUGCUGCUUUCAAUGGGUUUCCACAAGAAAUCCUACGGAAGCUUCGACAGCCGUGUCUUUCUGCAGGAGCAUGAUAGUGAAGACGCCUCCCUAAUAAUAACCAACGUUUCCAUGGAUGACAUGGGAAAAUACCGCUGUGAGAUAAUUGACGGGGUGCAAGACAGCGUGCAAGAUGUUACUUUGGAAGUGCAAGGCGGUCUUAUUGAUGGUGUUGUGUUCCCAUACUCUCCCCCUGUGGGCCGAUACAACCUGAACUUCCCCAAAGCUGUGCAGGCCUGUCUGGAACAGAAUGCUUCUGUCGCCACCCUUGACCAGAUGUUUGCGGCCUGGAAGGGCGGCCUGGACUGGUGCAAUGCUGGCUGGCUGAAUGAUGGCACAGUGCAGUAUCCCAUCACCAAACCCAGACACAACUGCGGAGGCACCAAAAACGGGCCUGGCAUCAGAAGCUAUGGUUACCCUGACAAACAAAUAAGUCGCUUUGACGUGUUCUGCUAUGCUUCUGAACUCAAAGGACGUUUCUAUUGGCUGGUCCAGCCCGACAGGCUGACCUUUGACGAGGCUGUGCAGGCAUGCUUAGACGAUGGUGCAGAGAUUGCCAAGGUGGGCCACAUUUACUCCGCCUGGAAGCUCGAGGGUUACGAUCGCUGCGAUGCUGGCUGGUUGGCUGAUGGAAGUGUGCGCUACCCUAUCGCCAGACCCCGCAAGAACUGCAGCCCCACAGAAGCUGCAGUGCGCUUUGUUGGAUUCCCAGACAAGAAGCAAAAGUCUUACGGUGUCUAUUGCUACAAGGCAGAUCAGUGAGGUAGUAGGUAGCAGUAGGGAAGCCAUAAUCACCAAAGAGCAGCAACAACCACAACCAAUAAAAUCCACAUUAAAGCCGACAAGCUUUGGAUCUUAACUAGCAUGAGCUCAAUACUUUCUUUGAAACUGUGAUAACCCUCCUUAACUUUUAAAAACAAAUACUGUACAUCUUCCUUCCAUAUGCAAUAAAUGACAACAUAUGUGUAGCCGUUAAGUUUUGUUUUUCUCUAACUGUGCAUUCAUUACGUUUACAGAGACUGUUGGGAAAAAGGCAACAGUGUUAAUGUAUGAGUGAAAUGACAGAGACAAGAGCUUGAUGAUUGUAAAACAUGAUUUAAGUUUGGUUUGUCCUCCACAGAAUGAUUAAAUGUGUAAAGUUUAAGAUUUAGAGCAUUUAUGCUCACGUGCAGAUGAUGUUUGCUGCUUUAAAAUGUAUCUAAAGAACAAAACAAAGCAACAUGAUAGUCAUUUAUCGAGUACCACAUCAAUAAAAUACCUUAGAU